AUGGCAAACCUCCAGGUAUAUGUCAAGAAGAUGGCCGCCGAUGACCAACUGCUUUGCGAAUGCCUCAGGCAACAAAAGCCCAGUAAGGACGAGGAGCCCGAGGGGCUAUCAUGGAAGGACAAGCCCCUGCAUGGCAUGUACCGCCGGCAAAUUGAGGAAGUGGCUGAUAUCGAGGAAACAUACCAGCGGCUGGAAAAAGCUGGACUGAAAGACAGCACAGAGGCGCUACUCAUGGGGAUCAAGGACAGCCAUUUUACAGAAGUAAACACUACUAUCACAGAUUGUGUUCAGACUGUUCUGAGAUUCACCAUUGCCAUGGCAUCUGCAGCUGUGGCGGCAGCCAUCGCCGCUGGUGAAGCAAUUGUUAAAAUGAUUCCAACAUAUCGCCAGUGCGCCAUUUGUAUUGACAAUAAAACCAAAAACUACAUCCUCUCCGAACCCAGGAUGUACACUUACAGUGGACAUUGCAAGGAACCUCUGACACCUGUGAUUGGCCCUUCUGAUGGCGGCGGUGGUGUGUUCGUCAAGACAAGUUACACAGCAUGUGGGUCUGUCGGCGUCAUCACUUACGAUCUUCAGAGACAGGAUACAGGGCAAACUGAGAAGAUUGCGCUCAUGUUCUCUGUGCCUUUUAAUUUCAACUUUUAUUCCAACCUUUACGCAGUGGGAAUCUUUGACGAAAACACACCAUGUAAUUAUGACCUGUAUAAAAAGAUGUAUUACGAUUCUGGCCCGUUUAUCAGAGGUAAAGCGAGGGAUGGGGAAAUCAGGUAUGGUGACAGCGAUGUAAAUGUCAUAGCGACAAUGUCAGAUGAGUACACGCCUGUUAUCAAACUGCAAAUAUUUGACUGAGUCAAGUUUUAAUGAGUGCCAAUGGGAGGGAGAGUACAGCACAUUCUGGCAAACUGUAAAACCAAAGAAAUACACACAAAAAUGUCAUAUAAAAAAGACAAUGCACUUUUUGUGUAGAUACUGAGAGGGAUAUAGAUCAUUUUAUUAACACAGUAAUGGUAUAUAUUAUGAUAGACAAUGUUUAGUAAAUUCAGUGGGGACAAUGAUUAAAAAAUCAAUAUUAUACUUUACAUUUGAUUAUUUUACUAUAAGCCUACUGUAACUCCACCUUAACCCUUUCACUGACGAACAGGAUGUUUUGCUUACAGUUAUACUUCUAUCAUAAGCAUUUGAAAGUGUUAAUACCCUGAAAAGGUUUUGCUUGUGGCUAAAACACAACCCAAAUUGCUCAACGUUGGCUCAAAUAUACCUCUACCCUAACCAAAACUUCCAUGAACUUUCACUGAAGGUUAGGGUUACAUAAAUAGAUUGGACAUUAAAAAACUGGAGAUGAUGGCUUAAACC